AUGUACACCUACACGUUACACAGAUGGCCGAGGGACUACGGUUGUGCAGUGGCGGCGCUGCGGUGUUAUUCCUGUUCAACUACUCAAGUCAACUCCUCGGUCUGUGGCAGGCGGGCCACCAAAACUGACCUGGCCACAUGCGAGGAAACAGAGAAGUUUUGUUAUGUUGAAGUGGUGACAGUUGGGUCUGUUCCUAUCUGGCUGGAGCGUGGCUGUACCAGCAGCUGUGCCGGGACGGACACCUGUAGGAGCAACGGUGACGGGACUGGUGUCUGUAGGGACUGUUGUCAGGGGGAUGGGUGUAACGGCGGGGUUCCUAAUACUGACUGGUCAGGACCCGGCAAUGCAGUGACCAGUUGUGGAGGCACGUUUUUGGAAGAUUCUGGCACCGUCUCGACCCCAGGUUACCCGGAUAACUACCCAAAUAACCUCAACUGUGAAUUCCUGUUUCCCGACACCGGUCAGAUAGUCGCUGUCAAGUUCAAGGACUUCCAUAUGGAAGGACGUGAUUGGCUAUCCCGUUGCCAUGACAGCAUCAUGGUUUACGCCCACAAUAAACUCGUUGACGAGUACUGUGGAGAGGAGGACCCUGGGACGAUUAUCUCCUAUGGAGUCAGAAUCGUCUUCAUGUCUGACUACAGCGUCAGCAAAAGUGGCUUUACUCUGACGUACAGUCGCACCCAGGGGUUGGAGAGUACAGACGAUCUCGGAUGAACACCUCCCACGCUGGCAUUCAACUUAAGAAUAGAGCGAAUGUCUGUAAGGGUCAAACAAUGGUGGCACCGGUCAAAAAAUCGAUUUGGCUCAAAUUUUGUACCUGGUACACAAUCCCUCAAAAAACUUUCUUUCUGCCCUUGUUACCAUGGAAACAGACCAAAGACGUUUGGGGGCCAUUUUUCCAAAUUUCGGCAUGUAGAAAACAUGGAAAUUGGCCAACUUUAGGGCACCAUCACUGACCAAUGCCUUAACUUAACGUCAAAAGCAGAAUGUGAUGAUCAGAGCAAUGCUUAUACUAGUAUUAAACAGCAUUAAAGUCAAAUUUUUGUAAAAUUCAAUGUCUCGGGCAACCUGAAUAAUACACUAAAUAGAUUUCUAGUAUAUUCCCACAUGUGAGACAAGUUGGCGACAGCGUCAGCGAUCUUCAAGCUUGCAGUACUGAUCUGUCAAUGUCACUACUGUCUACAAACGCCGUCUAAGCGGUUUACCUGUCUCUUCACUUUACUUGUAUUGUGACUUGAGGCGAGCUGUCAAAGCCACUGCCUGACGUGGGAAACCUGUAACAGUUUGCUUACGUUGAACAGUGGGAAAAGAAAAUCAAAUUGAAUGCUAGUGGGAACAACCAGGCGAACAGGGAAAGCGCCACCGCUAAAGCUACAGCUCAGGGGCAGGUCCCAGCCG